GCCGAUGCUUUUGAACAGAAGUAUAGAUGCUGAUACAAUAUAACAACACGUCUGAAAUAGCACAAAUGGUAGCCAGCGAAAAAUUGUUCUGAGCACCACCGAAACCGCAACCUGGCCCGUCAUGUCUCGAUCCUCGCAGCCUCUUGAUGGGCUUGCUAUCAUAGCAGGCGCGGCACACAAACACGAUGCGAAGGACCGUCUCCGCAGCAGUUUUAAGCACUCUAUGGGCUCCGCGGCUGCAAGCACGCCGGGCGACAUCUCGCCACGUGCUCGGCCACACACGGCGGACAGCUCGCGGCCCAAGCUAGUCCAGGGGGAUUACACCUACACAACUGCGCGGCGGAACCUGACGAUUGCGUCUCAGCAGCUGGGCUCGGACCUGCUGCCGGCAGAGGCGGUGCUGGCGGCGGCUGCCAACGGCUCGGCGGGGGCGCCACUGGGCGUGCCCGCCAUGCGGCCGGCCAGUGCCUCCGCCAACGCCACAAACUUGGCCGCGUGGAAGGCGUACGGCAGCCCCUCGGCACGCGGGCAGGCACGGCCGGCGCCGCCGCCCACGCCCAGCCACGUCAACACCAACCCGCACAUGUUUUCAAGCAUCAGCAGUAAACCGCCGCGCGUCCAGGCCCUGGGCGGCGGCUUCCGCCUGCAGCGCCCGCACAGCGCCCCCAGCACUGGCCCCGCCAACGGCGGCGUACCCUACAGCGAGCACCACUACCAGCACCACCACCUCGCACACACACACUACGCGGCCCAGCCCGGCUCGCCUUCCUCACCCGGCGCCCGGCCGCCGCACUCGCCAGGCAGCCUGCCGCCGCGCCACCCAGGAUCGCCCACGCGCAACGGGCGGAAAGGGCGCAACGGGCUCAGCCCCACCACCACGCGCCCGGCGAAUCCAGCAGUCCUAGGCGUGGAGGUUCCGGACCCGUUGGGUGGGGGCAAGACUGACAGCGGCAAAGUCAUGUUUGAGUACACGCUGCCAACCGACCCGUACAGCAAGUUCUUAUGGGAGGAGCAGGCACGCAAGGCUCGCGCCAGCAUGUCCCGCCACCUAGCAAACAUGGCUGUGGCGGCGUCUGUUAACGGCGGCGGCGCCAGCGGGGCUACUGGUGGUGGUGGCAGCACCGGCGGAAGCCGGCCUGGCUCUGCGCUGCGUUCGGGUUCCGUGCCGGCCACGCCAAUGGGCAGCGGUGCCGGUGGCGGCGGGGGCGGCGGUAUGAACGGCUGGACGUCUUCGCCCAUGUCGACAGUGUCGGCAGUGGUAGCGGGCGGCGGCGGCGGUGUAAGCAGCCCGGGCGUGGGCAUGCGGGCGCGCUUCAGCUCCGCGACCAUUGCGGCCAUGCACCGACGGGGCCCGGACCAUCGGCCACACCUCGUGGUGGGCUUUGCGGCACCGGACAUUGCAGAGGACACGACGCUGCCGGGCCCGGGCGACCCCCGCUGGGCCUAUACCCGCCUGGGCCGCACACAAAUUGACCGGCUGCAGGCUGCUCUCAAGAUUUCCGAUCAGCCACUCGCAUCACGACCAACCAGCGCCCCGACGCUAGCCCUCCGCAUUGCUGGACGUAGCGCCGAUCUGGCGACAGGCGGCUGGGGCAUCACUGGCGGCGCGGGCGCUGACAACACACAGGACUUGGGCUCGCCAGGGCUGCCACCCGUGUCAGAGCGCCCCGAGGAGGAGGACCGGGUCGUGUACACAGGAGGCGUGGGCGGCCGCGUGCCGCGAUUUAGCGGCGCCCCCGCUGCUGGGCCUGGCCUUGACAUCGGGCACAGCCCCCGCUUUGCCGGCGGGGAAGCCCCGCCGCUGCCCCCGCGCCGGCCCAGCUCGGGCUCCGCACAUGGCGGCUUGAGUGCGAGCGUGUCGGCGGCAGUCGCAGCGGUUGCGGACGCGGCUGGCUCAGGCCCGGUGGGCGGCGUGCGUGGCUCGUCGGCAGGCCGCGGGCGCGAGCUGGCGCCCAACCCUCGUGUGGACCUGCGAGCAUAUCUGGCAGACGAGCAGGCAGAGGCAGCGGCGGCGCAGGCGGAGGCGGUGGCUGCCGCCGCAGCGAUGGCAGAGCAAGAGGACGUGCCGGGCGACAGGUAUACCCCAGAGGGCGAUGGUGAUGCCUAUCCCGAGCAUGAGGGCGUGGACGUAGAAGCACAGGGCCAGGAGGGCCAGGAGCAGGCAGCCGAUCCGUACUUGCACGGAGAUGAGGCGGCGGAAGCCGAUGCGGCGGUCAACGCGGCGGCGGCAGCGGUGGCCGAGGCCAUGCAGAGCAUUCCAGUCCCUGCAGACGACCUGGCAGCCAAGCUAGCAGCUGUGGCUGCGGAGCGGGAGGAGGCAGUGGAGGGGGAGGAGGCAGCGCAUGCGGUCGGGGAGAACGGCAUGGAGGAGCUGGUGCCGGAGCAGGCGGCGGAGGCGGAGGCGCAGUCAUAUGAGCAGCGGCACGCAGAUGCAAAUGGAGAGGAUGCCCUGCGUGCACUGCACGGCAGCGUGCCGGUGCGGGCAAACGGCCGCUACGGCGCAGCUGCCGACGCUGACCAGUACGGCGAAGGAGGCGAGGAGGGUGAGGCGGCUGUGGGGGACCAGGACGGCUGCAUGGUGGGGGAUGACGAGGAGGGCGGCGGCGGUGCUGAGGGGUACAGUGAGGCGGUGGUGGAGGACGAUGGCGCUGGGGAAGGGGAGGAAGAUGUCGCGCUCAGCUCACUGCCGUUUGAGCGUGUCGGGUCGCUCGGCACGCGGCGGACGCCGUCGGGGCACCUGCGACCCACGUCCGCGCGCCCCACUUCUGCGCGGCCUAGUGCGGCGAGCCCGGCCCGCGGCAGCAGCGGCCGCAUGCAGCGACAAGGCAGCGGCGUGGGUGCGGCGUCAGAUGGUUUUGAUGGAGGCAUGGGUGUGAUCCACGAGCAGUCGGAGACGGCGGCUGACAUGGACGCAUGAGGGGUGACAGCGCGUGGGCAGCAACUUGCGAUGUUCUGCGAUGUUCCGUGAGACUGCAGAACGUAUUGUGCUUGGGUGCUUGCGCGGUUCGGUAGCAGCUGUAGCAUUGGCAAGCGCCGUGAUAUGGCUAUUGGUCAAUCAGAUUAAACCCCGCUGCCGCGGGUGUGUCAGCCGUCUUGCCAACACGUCGCUGCAUGAGUGUCUCUUCUGUCAUAGGCUCAUAGCUGUACUGCAAUAUUGUUGCGAUACUCAAUGGGCAGGCCCGGGCAACGCGCCGAGCAGGCCCAACGCCAGCUCCAAAUUGAAAGAGUCAAAGCUGAGUAGCGAGUGAUGUAGUAGCGCGUGUAUGGUGUGCGGCGCGAUGGGGUAACGCGGGUAGGCAGGUGUUGCAUGGCAUUGAUCUUGGGCGCCACAGCGCAGGCAUGGUGGAAACUACAUUGCUGUGGAGCGAUAGAUCCAGUGAACGACGGGAGUAGGGCAGGCAAGAUAUGACGGCAGGUUACAAGGAGGAGAAGGCUGGGUUAGGGGAUGCCAACAAGGGGGAAGUCCCAGAACUUGUAAUCCUUGUAUCUU